AAAAGACUGCGCAUGCGUUGCCAGGCUUAAAGCCCGGAAGCUGACACGUAAAGCGUUGUUUUGGCGUUUGACAGCCACGUGACCCUGUCGUCAUCGCUGGAGAGCUGGCAACAUGGCGGCGAAUUUUGCUCCAAAGGUUGUCUUUGAGCACGAAGGAGUUUUUAUCCAUCCAAGUGGUGACGACGUCAGCGUGGAGCAAGAUCUUCUUGUGUGUGGCACACUUCAACUUGUCGAGAAGGAUGGUGAUAUCAUGAUGGAGUUCACACCUCUGGAAGAUUCCGUGGACCCUUCACAUAUCUUGUGUGCUGCUAAGGACUCCAGUUCAGUCAUGGAGUGGGUCCAGUGUGGGAGUCAGCAACCAGUAGAGCGAGGACAGCAACUUUUGGAGAGCCAGCAGAGCUACGAGACCGAGUGGGACCUGGUCAACUCUGCAUCCUUCAAGAAGAAGUCGUGCACCAAUGGAGAGGGCUCUGUGUCGGGCAGACAUGAGCGAAGCAGGUGGUUCUUUUCGGUCAGCCUCAGUCAGCUGCGUGCUGUCAAGAUCGAGGAGGAUCCCGCUGGGCCGACUCUGCUCUUCACACUGAGGGAGUCUUCCUCGCUGCCGCCUCUGCACUUCUACCAGGGCGGCAGCAGAGAGUUCCUGGACAGCCUAAGGAGAGUUGCCACACUCCGCAAGUCUCCAGAGGAGGAGUCACAUCUGCUAAUCAGCACUCCAAACAAGGUUCUGUCCCAGUCCUUCGAAAACCUCCUGGAUGACAACAAUUACGGCCUGGUCCACAAGUUCCGCAAGGACCCUUACGUGACCACGCUGGACCGCUUCUCAAAGGUCACCAACUACAUUUUUGACGCUUUUCGAGGGACUGAGGAGCAGCACCAGCGGCCCCCAGAGGAAGUGGCCCACCUCCUUGGGGAGGUUAUCCCGGGACUGGAGAUCAACCAGCAGGAGGAGCCGGGUUUUGAGGUCAUCACCAGGGUGGACUUGGGGACGAGGCCGCAGGUAACGAGGAGUGAGCCGCUGUCUCCUGACUCUUGGAGUCAACAUCAGGACCAGGAGGGUCGCAUGAUCCACAUCAGCAGGCUAAAAGAGUCCAUAUUUAGGGGGGGCCUGUGUCACGUCGUCAGGAAAGAAGCUUGGAAGUUCCUCUUGGGAUACUUUCCAUGGAACAGCACGCUGGAGCAGAGGAAAAGUCUACAGAGAAGCAAAACAGAUGAAUAUUUCCGUAUGAAGCUACAGUGGAAGUCUGUCAGCGAGGAACAGGAGAGAAGGAAUUCGCGGCUUCGAGACUACAGGAGUCUGAUCGAGAAAGAUGUCAACCGAACAGACAGAACCAAUAGAUUCUUCGAGGGCAUGGAUAACCCCGGCCUGGUUCUCCUACAUGACAUCCUCAUGACAUACUGCAUGUACGACUUCGAUUUGGGUUACGUGCAGGGCAUGAGCGACCUGCUGUCCCCAAUCGUCUUCGUCAUGGAGAACGAGGUGGACGCCUUCUGGUGUUUUGUCUCCUUCAUGGACCACAUGCACCAGAACUUUGAGGAGCAGAUGCAGGGAAUGAAGUCUCAGCUGAUCCAGCUUAGUACUCUACUCCGACUACUGGACCCGUCCUUUUGGAGCUAUCUCGAGUCUCAGGAUUCUGGUUAUCUUUACUUCUGCUUCCGCUGGCUGUUGAUCCGCUUCAAGAGAGAGUUCAGCUUCCAGGACAUUCUCAGACUCUGGGAGGUGAUGUGGACUGGAUUACCUUGUCAGAACUUCCAUCUUCUGCUCUGCUGUGCCAUACUGGACGCAGAGAAGGCAAAAAUCAUGGAGGAGAACUAUGGCUUCAGCGAGAUCCUCAAACACAUCAACGAACUCUCAAUGAAGCUGGACGUUGAAGAAAUCCUUCACAAGGCAGAAAGUAUCUGGCUACAAAUCAACAAGUGUCAGGACCUGCCUCACUCCGUGGUCACCAUCUUGUCCUCGGAAAUGGAAACCCGCGGCGUCACUGACUCGACCGUCUCGGGGUCGGCGGGGGUGACCACCCUCUUCGGAACACCGCAUCGAGACGACCAUGCCUGCGGCACCAAUGGACAUUUGAGACCGAUGGACUCUCAGCGUUGCAAAGUUGCCUUCAUGUCGUAGCGAGCGUAUCCUUUAAGAAUAUUCUUAUUUUUGUACCACGUGAACUUUUGUCCUCUGCGUGGCGCUGGACAGGAAAUAGGCGGACAGCGGCAACGCCGCACACACACAGGUGUUGACAACCUGGAUACGUUGCUUGUGAUGUCAGGAAAUAAAUCUUUUUUUAGCACGCGGGUCGUCUUGACCAAAACGUACCAGAUGUAAACAUCUAACCUCAACCACAUUAAAAAUUUUGUUCUACAGUC